ACUGCCCCUCUAGCUUCUGCUGUUGCUGCUGCUAGAAUCUCACUUCAUCAUUCAUUAUCCAUCUUCCUUUCAGUUCCAAGCCAUUUCCUUCUCUGCAAUUGCAAGCAGUUCAAAAUUCUUGAACAAUUCUCCUCAUCCCAACACAAGGGAAUUUCAGAUAGUCAAGUGUCAUAUUAUGAAGUGGUGUAGCAAAAAGAAAAGGCCUCCACCUAUUUCCUCUUCAUCUUCUUCUUCUUCUCAGCCUUUCUUGAUCUCUCAUGUCUUUCCCACUUCAUGGCUUUCGAAGUUCAAGCAGAAGAGGGGCAAUUCAGAACCAAAACCCAGUAAAGUAAGUAGAAAAGGGAAGCAGAAUUCUCCAUCUUUGGGUUCACCAAGGUGUGCUGCUGCUAAGGGUGGUGGAAGAUUCUAUGGUGUAGUUGAUGAUGAUGAUGAUGCGUUUUGGAGACUGUCUUUUGGUGAAGAUAGUGCUGAAGGGAAGAAAAACAGAGGGGUUUUGAGAUCGGUUUGGUUUGAUUCAGAUGAUGAGUUUGAAGUUCAGCCCUCCAGUUGUGGAAGCUGUCAAACAAGUGAUAGAAUAGUGAAGGGAAGACAUUUGUCCCAGAAGUUGAAGGGCAUGCAGAAAAGUGGGAAUGCUAAAGAGUGGAAAUUGAGGAAGGAAAACAGAGAACUUGAGGGAAAGAAGUUGUUGAAAUUAGAAAGAGAUGCAGAUAAAGCAGAAGAGAGAUCAACAAAAACAGUAGAAAGUGAUGAGGUGGAAAUGUUAGCGGCAAGAAAAGUUUGGGCAACUGAGACUGAUGCAAGAAAACAUCAGUAUGUAUCUUCACUGAAUUCAAGAAAUUCAAGUCUAAAACCAAUUGAAGAAGAAGCCUUGAACUUGGAGACUGAAGAGCCUUCUGAUGAAAAACAGACUUCAGAUUGGCAAAAAUUGAAAGAUAGGAAAAUACAAGAGGUGAAGUCAAAGAGUGAGAAACAUAGGAAAUCUCUCUACAUAAGCAGGGAAUUACAGAGGAGAAGAACAAAACGGAGUAGCAAAGUCAGAGUUUGUUCUCCAAGAACAGCUUCGAGGGUUGAAAUCUGUAAAAUUAAAGCUCUUGAAAACAUGACGAAAGCGAAAAUGAAGAUGAAAAGGGUGGCUAAGGAGGGAGCAGUGCAGCAGGUAAGAACAGGCUUGAAUAGCUUUGCAGUGGUAAAGUGCUCAUUUGACCCACAACAGGACUUCAGAGAUUCCAUGGUUGAGAUGAUUGUGGAGAAAAAGAUAGCACAGCCAGAGGAUCUGGAAGAGCUCUUAGCUUGUUAUCUGACCCUGAAUUCUGAUGAAUACCAUGAUCUCAUUGUCAAGGUAUUCCGGCAGGUAUGGUUCGACUUGAAUCAGGCCAGUUUCAGUACUGAAUGACAGAACGAACAAUGUAGCAGUGACUGAUUUCUCUUUAGCUAAUUAUAGCCAAACUUGUAAUCAAAUUGUAAUGCAGUAGAUAUAACUGUUAU